CAGCGUAGCAGUCGCUGGAAAACCCAUGGAAAUGGUGUCGCUGGGGCCGAAAAAGGAUGGAAAUCCUAAUGCGGAGUUUUUUACCGCCCCGGAAACGCUACAGGGAUUCGAAACGGUGCGGCUGUGGUUGCAGAAACACUUCAAAAAGUUUCUUGCACCAGAUCCACCGACGAAGGAAUCUUUGGCACAUUUGAUCAUACAGUUUAUACAGUAUCAGGAAGCUAAGCUCGGUAAAAACUCGCAAGAUCCACCAACAACCCGCUUGCCGAUACGAUGCUUCAUGGAUUUCAAACCGGGCGGUGCUCUGUGUCACAUUCUGUCCACAAUGUACCGCUACAAGGCGGAACAGCGCUGGCGAAAGUUUGACUUCACCGUCAACAAGAACCCGAUGCGCAAGGAUCCGAUUGGACAGAUGGUGCUGGACAUCGAGACAGCGCUGAUCGAAGCGGAAUGUAUGCGGCUUCCGAUCGUGUACAUUCGACCGGAGGUGGAUCGUGCCACGGCGAACAAGAUCACUGACAUCGUGACGAACCAUCAGGGUGAGAUAACGGCGGACGAGGAGGAAGCAACGCACAUCAUCUAUCCAGUAAUCGAUCCGUUGCCCGAGGAUUACGCUCGUCCCACGUUCCGGCGUGACAAACACGUCAUGAUUCACUGGUACUACUUCCCGGAAUCGUACGAUACCUGGGUGCCGAAUUCGUUCGAUCUACCCGACAACGUACCCGAGAGUCCACCGUCCCCAGCUGAACGUUGGCGUGUGUCCGCCUCGUGGGUGAUUGAUUUGGACGAGUACAACGAGUGGAUGUCAGAGGAAGAUUACGAAGUGGAUGAGGUAGGCCGGAAGAAGGUACAUCCGCAUCGGCUCGGCGUCGAAGAUCUAAUGUCGAGUGUUGGCGGUGGCGGUGGAUCGGAAGAUAAGGUGAAGAAAACACCCAAAGUGGUCAACUCAAAGCGUAAACGAUCGCCUUCACCCGCUGCGGGUAAGGGUGGCAAGCGGAAGAGCUACCGUUCGCCGGCUGCGUCAGCGGCAGCAUCUUCCUUCCAGAAAAAACCGCGUGCCGAUGACGAAGAAUCGGAAGACCUCACCAAGGACAUGGACGAUCCGACACCGGAAACGAACAUCACUGAGGUGAAGCCAAAUAUGGGCAACUCGGCAACGGGCCCUGCGACACCGCAACCGAAGCGUGACCCCGACAUGAUGCCGAUGAAGUACGCCACCGUGACGGAUCUGGACGAUGAGAUGGAGCGCGGUGUAAAUGCGUCCGGUGCAGGUGGCAGUGGUUCGGGCACGGGAGGUGGCGGUAGCGGUGGCUCGGGAGCCGGUGUCGGUGGAGACGACAGUCAGGCGGGCAAAACGAGCGACAGUAGCAAUACGCAGGACUUCCCUGUCGGUGGGAAAGACGAUCUGGAGGAUAAUGUGACAGAGCAAACGCACCACAUCAUCGUACCGUCAUACUCGGCUUGGUUCGAUUACAAUUCGAUACACGUGGUGGAGAAACGCGCACUGCCAGAGUUUUUCAACGGCAAGAACAAAUCGAAGACGCCGGAAAUUUACAUGGCCUACCGGAACUUUAUGAUCGACACGUACCGACUAAAUCCGACCGAGUAUCUCACCAGCACCGCCUGUCGCCGCAACUUGGCGGGCGAUGUGUGUGCGAUCAUGCGCGUUCACGCGUUCCUGGAGCAGUGGGGACUGAUCAACUAUCAGAUCGAUGCAGAUUCGAGACCCACACCGAUGGGACCGCCACCCACAUCCCAUUUCCACGUGCUGAGUGACACACCGUCCGGACUGCAACCGAUCAAUCCACCUAAAACGGCACAACCAUCGGCGGCCAAGAAUUUGCUGGAUUUGGACAAAAAAAAUGCAACGCUUGGCGAGAAGAAGGAUGAGUUAAUCCCUGGAGCAGCCGCUGGUGGUGCUGUUCCGGGUGCAAAUGGUGGCGCACCGGGCAGUUUGAUCGGUCCGGAUGGUAUUAAGGUCGAGCAGGGCACAAUUCCAACGGCCGAUCCGAACGGACAGUUCGGAUUGCGGUUGGAUCAGUACGCGAAGAAACCGGCCGCAAUGCGCAACAAGACGGCGGCCAGUAUGACACGCGAGUGGACCGAACAGGAAACGUUGCUACUGCUGGAAGGGCUCGAAAUGUACAAGGACGACUGGAACAAGGUGUGCGAGCACGUCGGCUCACGGACGCAGGACGAAUGUAUUCUGCACUUUUUGCGACUCCCGAUCGAGGACCCGUACCUGGAGGAUGACAACACAUUCCUGGGUCCACUUUCGUACCAACCGAUCCCGUUCAGCAAGGCGGGCAAUCCGAUCAUGUCGACUGUAGCGUUUUUGGCGUCCGUGGUCGAUCCACGCAUUGCGGCUAGCGCUGCCAAGGCUGCGAUGGAAGAAUUUGCAGCAAUCAAGGAUGAAGUUCCGGCUUCCAUGAUGGAUGCACAUCUGAAGAAUGUGGAGAAAUCGAGCUUUGGUGGAAAGUUUGACCCAAAUGCUGGGCUGGCAAACAGUGGAAUUGCAGGUACGGGCCCGGACAAGGAUAAGGAAGAGGAUUCGGAUAGCAAAUCGGCUUCGACGGCAGCAGCUAGUGGCAGCGGUACGGCGACGACGACACCUGCCGUUGGUGGUGCGUCAUCGGCUACACCAGCCACACCCAGUGCGGAUGUGGAGAUGAAGGAUGUAUCCAAGAAGGAUGAUGCCGACAAAGACAAACCUUCUGAAGAGACAACCACUAAAUCGCCUGAUUCCGAUGCCACAGCGACGACUGACGCUAACAAACCAACGGAUGGCACAAGUACGGGUACUGCACCUUCGGCCGAUAAGGAUAAGGAGGUUAAGGAUGGUACUGCUGCUUCCGGUGGAUCAUCCAUGACUGCUGGCGGCGGCACGGCCGAGACUGGAUCGGCCACAUCAGUGUCCACCGUUGCCAAAGAGAACGGUGGUUCCACCGAUCCGAAGCUUUUCAACGAAGGAAACCUGCAAGCGGCGGCUGCAGCUGCACUGGCAGCGGCUGCCGUCAAGGCGAAGCAUCUGGCCGCGGUUGAGGAGCGCAAGAUCAAGAGUCUGGUAGCGCUGCUCGUCGAAACGCAGAUGAAAAAGUUGGAAAUCAAGCUGCGCCACUUCGAAGAGCUCGAAACUACGAUGGAACGCGAACGGGAGGGUCUCGAAUAUCAGCGGCAACAGUUGAUCCAGGAACGCCAGCAGUUCCAUCUGGAGCAGCUAAAGGCGGCCGAGUUCCGUGCCCGACAACAAGCCCACCAACGCUUCCAGCUCGAACAAGGCCAAUGGCAGCAACAGCAGGCCCAAGCACAGGCACAAGCACAAGCUCAGGCUCAACAGCAGCACCAGCAGCAGCAGCAGCAACAACAACAGCAACAACACGGUCCAGCAGGAACGGGUCCGGGACAGUUGCCAACAUCAGGAACAGCACCGCCACAACCCGCAGGAGGAGCACCGGGAGUGGCGACAGCAUUACCGGGCGGUCAACAUCAUCUCACCGCCAAUCCGGGAGCUAACACUCAAAAGCCGCCAUCUAUCGUUGGUGGCCCGGGGAUGGUGCCGGGAGCGCCUGGAGCAGUUCAUGCCCCCAGCAGUCAUCCACCAACGACCGUACCAGCAGCAGCAGCAGCAGCAUCGUCAUCGACAUUGCCGGCGACAGCAUCCUUACCAUCGGUCAACCAAGGUUCAGUUCACGCACCGCCGCCGGGCACCGCGGUGGGACCAGCAGGAGCACCAGCAAUGCCGGCAGCGUGCUCCAACGGUAUCCCCCCUAUUACCUCCACCCCCAGCUCUACCCAGCCGCCAUCUACGAAUCCUACCGACGGUAUUACGCCAAGUAGCAUCAUGCCAACGGCGCUGGGACCACCAGUUCCAUCUCCUUCGCCGGCCGACCCGACCGCGACCCAUCCAGGCACCGUCGGUGUCCCGAUGGUACCGCCCCCGUCUGGCCCUGGCGGACCACAGCAACAACCGUCGGAACAGCAGCAUGCUGGAGGACCACCUCCAACCGGGUCGAUCGAACCGUCGGCCACAGCGGGGGGAGACGCAGCAACGACGAUGAUGGUGACGAAUCACCCGUCGCCAUCCUCCGAGUCCCACGGAGAGGUGGGACAGGUGACCGCAACGCCACCGGAAACAGCCGCUACAGCCGUGAGUGAACAGCAGUCGGAGCAGCAGCAGCAGCAGCAACAAUCAGGUGCGCCCGGUGAAGGGCAGGUGGCCGUCGCACCACCAUCAUAA